UUUCUUUUGGGAAGAUUAUCCUCUGCCAUCUGUACCACUAAGCUUUUGUGCAGAGAAUCUCAUGGAACUUGAAAUGCCUCAUAAUGAACUCCAACAACUUUGGGAUGCAGAUCAGCAUUUCCCGAAUUUAGGAGUGAUGAAUCUGACUGCGUCAAAAGAUCUGGCUGAGCUUCCAAAUCUCUCUCAAGCCCCCAAUAUGAGUAUGGUAUAUCUUGAUGAAUGUGUGAACUUGACUCAAAUUUAUUCUUCAAGUAGCUUGAGCAAGCUUUCCCAUUUAUCCAUACGAGAUUGCAAAGACCUGAGACAUAUAAGCAUUGGUGGCAAUAUCAAGGAGACAAGUUCUGGGUUAGUAGCUGUCUACAAUUUUCUGGAUCUUGGCAACUCGUUGUUCCAUAAAUUGAUUGUGAAGCUCUUUGUCUCAAACGAUGGCAAUAUUUUCUCUGGUUUUCGGGUUAAACUCGUGUCAGUAUCAUUGUCAGAGAUAUUAUCAACAGAUCAGUACAUGAACAAUACUGAGAGUUCAAAGUUGAAAUUGUCAUCUUUGCUUCCAUUUGUUACUUCGCUUCGCUGGUUAGAUCUUAUGGAGUUUGGCAAUUUCAGCGAACGUUUCAACUUUCUUUCUGAACAUGAAGAGCUUAAGAAUAUCCAUGCCAAAGAUGUAGUCAACGAACUCAGAGCGAUGGUGAGAAAGCCAUUAGAGGUUGAAGAAAAGAGAAUAACAGAAGAGGUGAUCACAGAUUACACUUCUUAUUAUCAUGGAAAAAGGAAGCCAUUGGAGAUCGAAGAAGAGAUAAUGACAGAAAUAAUGGAAUGCUGUUGCAGUACAAGCAAUAAUAGAUUAAUCAGAGCUCCUAAUAGCAUCACACGCUGGCCAUUACUGACACAGGUGACAUUGCAGAAAAGUGAAAUUACUGGGUGUGAAGUUUGGGACAAUCCUGGGAUUUCAAUGUUGAAAUCACUUGCAGAAUCUUGUUGUUGCAGUAGGAUUAAACCUGUCAUAGAUAUAAGAAUUUCACUGGAUAAAGAAGCAACGAUAUGGGGUGGCAAUAAUGAUAUUGUAGCAGAAACAAAAUGGGACAUGCCUAAUUUUAGCAUCGAUAUAUGGCAAGAAUUGGCUGGAGAUUUCUUUGUUCAUUUUCCCAUUCGCUUAGAUCACGAAUCCAUUUCGUUUCUUUUAUGGUUUUCAAGAAGUAGCAGCAGCAGGUGA